UCUCGUAAUUUCGCAGACACGUGUUCGCGAAAUUCUUAAACUCCGAGAAACACACUCUCCAGCUGGUUGAAAAAAUAACGAAGAAGAUGACGGAGAUUUUACUGCCCGAUGGCGGAGGAGACGAACUUGCUCCACGAAUCCGAAUAUCUCGGUUUAAGGUUCGCGUGGUGGAGCCUAUUGGAAGAUGGUUCGAAGCUUAUAUGCUUCGUCAACACCGUUUGACGAAUUCUAUUUCGGAUGAAUCGACUGCGAACGUUUUGAGCGAAAAACCGUUGGAAACUGAAGGACUUGUCAUCGAAGACGAUGUUGAAUAUCUGAGAAAAUUAGAUCCUAGGAAAUGGAAAGAUCAAGACCAUUACGCCGUUCUCGGUCUGAAGUCGUUGCGAUAUCGGGCCACAGAAGAAGAUAUCAGGAAAGCCUAUCGCCAGAAGGUCCUUCGUCAUCAUCCGGACAAACGCAUGGCCGCCGGAGAGAAGGUCAAUCGCGACGAGGAUUAUUUCGUCUGCAUUACAAGAGCCUUCGAAAUCCUCGGCACUCAGGCAAAACGAAUCUCCUACGAUUCCGUUGACCCCGAUUUCGACGACGAUACCCCAUCUCAGUCUCCCUCAAGCAAGGCUAAGUUUUUCGAGGUCUUUGGUCCUGUAUUCGAGCGCAACGCGAGAUGGUCUACCAUUGAACCUGUUCCCGGACUUGGAGAUGUCGACAGUCCCAGAGAAGUUGUCGAGGCAUUUUACACGUUCUGGUACGACUUCGAAUCAUGGCGCGAAUUUUCCUACUUGGACGAAGAGGAAAAGGAGAAGGGCCAAGAUCGAGAGGAAAGAAGAUGGAUAGAGAAACAAAACAGGGUUGCGAGAAAAUCGCGUAGAAAAGAAGAAAUUGCUCGAAUUCGUGAGCUGGUGGACAAUGCUUACAAUUGCGACCCUAGGAUUAUAAGGUUUCGUGAAGAAGAGAAAGAGCGGAAGGCGGGAGAAAAACGUGCGCGUCAAGAAGCCAUUAGGUUGAAGAAAGAGAAAGAAGAACAGGAGCGGUUGGCUGCAGAAGCUGAAGAAAAAAGAUUAAAGGAAGAAGCAGAGGCCAUUGAAAAAGCGCGUGCAGAUAUCGAGAAGAAGGAAAGGGAGCAACAGAAGAAAUCUCUCAAGAAAGAGCGCAAAGUUCUUCGCACUUUAUGCAAGGAGAAAAAUUACUUCACGGAAUCGGACGGGGAUCGUGUGCAAGCUAUGGAAGAGGUUGAGCGAUUGUGUGAAGGAUUAGACCUUUUACGAUUGAAAGAACUGAAUGAAGCGUUGGGCACGUCCCGUGCGAAAGAAGCUUUCGAGGAGCAAGUGGCGUACAUGCGAUCCAAGUUGGAGAUUGAAAAGGAGGAGACCAUAGGCAAUUACAUGAGAACGAAUGGCACCGCGAGUGGAGCAAGAGACGGAGACAAGUCGGACAAGUGGUCCCACGAGGAUUUACAACUUCUCAUCAAAGCAGUUAACUUGUUCCCUGCUGGAACCUCACAACGCUGGGAAGUGGUUGCAAACUUCGUCAACCAACACACGAAAACGGACAUUAAGCGAAUCGCGAAAGAUGUUUUGUCGCGUGCUAAAAUUCUGGGCAGUGGGGAAGCGUCCAACUUGAAAACUGCGGUCAAUCAGCAAGCCUUCUCCAAGUUUGAACAAUCUUACAAACCCGCUCCUGUUUCCUCCGACGUCUCCGUGCGUAACGAUGAAGUUACUGCUGAAGCUGGUGAAGUCGAAUCAAUUGGUGGAGAUAAGUCGUGGUCAACAGAGGAGCAGAAGCUUUUGGAGCAAGCUCUCAGAACUUAUCCUGCAUCUGCUGAAGACCGUUGGGGGAAAAUCGCUUCCUGUGUUCCCGGAAGAACGAAAAAGGAAUGCAUGAAACGCUUCAAGGAACUCGCUGAAAUGGUGAAAGCCAAGAAAGCUGCUGCGGCAUUACCUGCAAAGAAGAAAACGUGACGAGUGCAUUGAUGAUGAUGUGAUUUGAGUUGACUUUAAUGACCAAGGGCGUGUAUUGUGGUCAAA